AUGCUCACGAUGCGUGCGCCUAAAGAUGACAGCUGGCUAGGAGGAUACGAUGAUUCACUCACUAGUCAUACCGAAGCUAUCGCUCAUCUCCUCAGGGCUGCUGCACUACAUGAGUGGACAAACCCCUUUGAGAUGGAGAUGGUUAUUACACUGUGUGUGCCUAUAAUACUCGAAGGCAUCGUCAACCCCCGUAUCAAGAUGGAUCCGGAGUUUUGGGAACUCAUCUCAUCCUUCAAAUGCCGUCUACAUCCCUCGCAAGACAACAAUCGGCCGCAGUCAACCACCACCGAGCUGCACCAUCUCGCGAUGUUUCCUAAAUUUGUCCAAAACCCCGAGCCACACCUUUCCGAAAUUGCAAAGACAUACAUGCAAUUGAGACUCGAUGCACACCAAAUAAAACAACAUCUUGAUCUAUGCGCACAGUUUACUCUUGUGUCCUUCUCAUCCCCUGAAGUCGCGAGACAUUCCCGUAUUCAGGCUGCUUAUGCCAUGAUUAGUACGCUGGCUGUGCUUUUGAACAGUCUUCUUCAGAUUUUUGAUCCCUGGAACGCUUCUUUGGUGAGUGAAGCUGUCUUCCUGUGUGGUGAGAUUAUAACACAAGCCGAGCUGGCAUCUUGCUACCGGCCAGUUGGGGCAGCGUACACUCCUCUAUGCUUGGUUGUUGCUUGGGCAGCAUCAGAUAAUCCAGUCCAGUUGGCAAGAAUUGAAGCGAUCCUUUCCGAAUACCAGUCAGAUUUUGCGGACGUGCCAUGGAUGAGCCGUGCCAUCUGGUUAGCCUCUACCCUGGAUACCCACCGCAUAAGAGUCAUGUCUGGGAAGGAGUCUUCAGACAGUCAUGGUACAGGGAAGAAAAAGGCUCCGGUCCGCCCAGAGUCUUGUUGCAUUCUCUAG